CAUUAAAGGACAGAACAUGAGGGACGCACUGUCAAAGGUUUUGGUUAGCAAGGACGUCUUCUACACCGACGUCAGCACAACCAAAUGCGUAUCCUCGAUACGUGCCGAAGUCUCCAACGUAAGCGCUUACAUCUUCUUGAACAAAUCCAUCUCCGACCCGGGGUUCCGUUCCGCGACCUACGUCAUCCACGCCGUCGGAGAAGACGUCCACUGCCCCCCCAUAAACGGCAACGAAAUCGACCUGCUAGUGUUCCGAGUGGACUCCAAAAGAGAGUUGACCGACGUGUUGACCUGUCUCAAGAAUUGUCCGCUCUUGAAGUCGAAAUCGAAAACGCUGGUGGUGAUGAAGCAUAUUCGGACCAAAACCAUCUCGGGAGUGUUCAAGACCCUAUGGGAGAACGGCAUCUUCAACAGCCUGAUCACAGUGCAGAGGGAUAUUGGCCAUGUGAUGGACUUGUACGGCUGGGGGGCCUUCUCCCAGUCCUCCAGGUGCGGCCGCGUCUUCACCAACUACUUCCACGUCGGCGCGUGCGCUAACGGCACCGUCCUCUUCGACGGCGACGAAGCCUCGCUGCAAAAAUUCGCGGAAACAAGUUUCCACAGUUGCUCGAUAAGCGUGAGGGUGGUAGACUGGCCUCCGUUCGUCAUACCGGAGACACAGAACCCACCGGACCGGAAGAAUGCGAACUACAUCGGAGGCUUCGAGGUGCAGCUCGUGAAAACCAUAGCUAGCUAUUUGAACGUCGAGCUCCGAUUCAGCGUGUCGGAGAAGGACCUCAACUGGGGCACUUUGCACGAGAACGGCACUGCGUCUGGGUUGUACCUCGCGCUGCUGGAAAAGUCAGCUGAUAUAGGUAUAUCGUCUUUGACGUUCCCUCCGGGCUACCGAUUCCUCGACUACGGUCCCAUUUACUACUACGAAAAGCUGGUGUGGUGCGUCAGGUCUCCGCCGCUGAUGGUCUCGUGGAAGAAGCUGAUAAUCGCCCUGAACACGAUCCACUGGCACUUCCUGGUGAUUAUCUACGUGGUCGCCAGCGUGCUCGUUUGGGCGCUGAGCAAACGGCAAGAACCGGGACAUUCCAAGAAGUUGGGCCGCUGCUUCACAAGGACGCUCGCCGACAUUCUCGGCAAUCCGAGUGCCUUGCCAAAAACCACCUCCCUUCGGGUCUUCUUCACGUUCUGGUUGAUUUUCUGCUUUCACACCAACCUGUUCUACCUGACGAAUCUGAUGAGUCUAUUGUCCAAGGCGGUUACCGAGGUCGAGUUUGCCACUAGCGACGAAAUCUUGAACAGUUCUUUGAAACUGAUGUUCCUCAGCGCGACGAAGAUGUACUUUACGUCAGACCGGACGCCGAACGCCUUCGACAAGAAGGUUCUGGGACGUUGGGUGGACUGCCCGAACCUGGAGACCUGCUUCGCGAUGACGGUUCAACGGGGAGACUCGGCUAUAUGCCUACCGGAGUCGUUCAUCUUAUAUAUGGGGGCGCGAUACAUGCCGGCGCCGAUGUCCUGCCUCUUGCGCGCAGAGGACACCUUGGUGUCUUACCCGGUGACGAUGUUCAUGAGGAAAAACCUACCCCUGGCGUCGAAAAUUUCGCAAGCCGCUCAGAGACUAUCCGAAUCCGGUUUGUUGGGCGCUUGGAGGCAGAUGGCGUUCGAUACCGAUAGCGCCGACUUCGAACAGCUGAGCAGGCCCCCCGAAGAGAAUAGCACCGUGUUUUCGUUAAAAGAAUUCAAGCCCCUGUUUCGUUGCGUGAUCUUCGGAUGGGUGGCGGCCACCGUGGCUUUCAUUUUGGAACAUCUCAUACACCAGGUGAUCUCCAAAUACUCAACCUGGAAAAACGCUCCGCCGCAAUACUAGAAACGACGAGCGGAAACGGUCAUCGACCUUUGACCUGCAGUUUCCUGGGGGCGCGAAAACGCCCUGAAAACAGGUUCCAGUCGAUAACGUCGGCCUAUUUAAAAUUCUACGUGAGGUCUGGGGCGAGGAAUAUAUCGGAACGCCAAAGUGCAUGACCGGAAACCGUCCUAGUUGACUUUUUUAUUGCAAAAAUUUGACCGCGAAUGCAAUACGCCAAUGGCGACCUUGGCGUGCAGCGAAAAUAUUUAAAUUUUUUGUUUUCGUUAUACGCGCCGC